AUGCGUACCGCAUCAGUUUUCGUCGCCCUUGCCGCACUCCUCACACCUUUUGUUGCUGCCGACUUGCACCACAGUGGAGUGUGCGUAAACGGGAAGAAUGUGUACAACAAGGACGCCACAGUCAAGGCUUGCGAGGCGUACCUCAAGAGGAACACUGGAAAUAAGCAGCACGAACAGUGCCCAGACUGUGUCAUGAAAAACAUUGGAAACCUCGAUGUCUGCAACUCUGCUGGAUGGCACAUUGGAGGCAAGGAGUUGAGCCAAUACUGCAAGGAUGCGGGAGCCUCAGGGUCCUUGGCGAACUAA